AUGGACGACCCCAGCCACUUCGAUGCCGAUUUGUCCUCCGACGAGCCCGACAUCAUGAACGAUCCCGCCUUUGCCCCUCCUCAGCGCCGCGAUACCGCCUCAUCAGGCUUCGGCGGCGACACCUGUCGAAUAUGCCGCAGCGAAGGCACCCCGGAUGAGCCGCUCUUCUACCCGUGCAAAUGCAGCGGCAGCAUCAAGUUCGUCCACCAGGAGUGCUUGAUGGAGUGGCUAUCCCACUCACAGAAGAAGCACUGCGAGCUGUGCAAGACGCCCUUCCGUUUCACCAAGCUCUACGAUGCCAACAUGCCCAAAACGUUACCCUGGACUGUAUUUGUGGGAAGAGCAUUACUACAUCUGGCUGUGUUGGCUCUAAGAGCUUGUAGAGGGCUUCUCGUCAGUGCUGUGUGGUUGGUCAUUCUGCCGUGGAUGAUAAGAUGGGCGUGGAGGUGGAUGUUCUGGCUGGCUGAUGCUGGAUGGGCAAGAGAGGCUUUCAUUCGCAAGAUGCAGGCAGACCAUGUCUCUACGCAGGUGGCAGGUCAGAGUGCAGCACAGAAUACAUCGUCAACAGCGGGCUCGCUGUACUCUUCGUUGGAGCAACUGCUGGCUUCUCAGCUGGGGACGGACAACUCCCCGGCCGGCAAGACCGUGAACCUCAUCACAGGUGCCAUAUCUGCCGCCUUUAAGAAUUCCACAGCCACUACUCCUACUGCUGGUGACCCUGCUGCCUUCUGGCCACAGGCUGAUGCGUCCAUCCUCUCGUCAUGGACCUACAUUUCAGAACUCACCUCCAACCCACAGCUCAACCGCAUUAUCCUUGACAUCUUCGAAGGACAACUCAUCACUUGCGUUGUUAUCACUGGCUUUAUUCUGGUCUUUCUCAUCCGCGAGUGGGUCGUACAGCAGCAGCCGUUGGUCAAUCUGGACAACCUGAAUAAUAUCCAACGAGAGCGUGAUCAGAGGCAACGCGAGGUUGAGCGGUUGCAGAGGCAGGCGGAAUUGCUUGACCAGGCGCGAGCAAGACUCGUUGCUUUGCAGAAUGAGGCAGAAGCUCAUCCGAACAGCGGCGAGGGCAACGAGAACAACAAAGCGGGCAACUUCCAGGGCUGGCAUGUGCUUAACAUUCUCAUCGACACUGCAACUGUUCACCUUCGCAAGCAUUUGGCUAGUCGCAAUGACAGUGAGUACGACAUCUUUGUUCGUGCUGCAUCGGAAGUGAUUGGGCAGGUGCGAGCGGCAGGUAACUCUGGAAUUGACGCCGGCGAGUUGGCUGACAAGGUCUACGACAAAUUGUACUCCCUCUCCCAGGACGAACGCGAAGCAUGGGAGGGUGUUUUGAUGUCGGAAUUGUGGAUCAAUGGCCAAGACAAGCAACCGCAAUCCGAUUCAGCGCAGGGUGAGGAGGAACUGAUUUCACCAUCAGAAAGCUCCAACAGCAGGCGGCCGCCAAUGCCUACCCGCGACACACACUCGCGAGCAACUCAGAUCCAGCGAAUCCUCGAAGAGGCCGACAGUGCUUUCGCUUCCCAUGACCACCGCCCUGCUGGAAGUCUCUCCCCACGAAGCACAGCUGCCGAGCCUCCCACUGAAAGCGCUAGUAUUGUCAGUGCUCCCUCGACCGAAGGUAGCUGGCUGGAAGUCAGUCCACCCAAGGAGCCUGGCGAAGUCAUCGAUCAUAUGGAUAUUUUCCAGGAGAACAACGACGAGAUGCCCAUUACCAAUGCCGGCCCCGACGCAAAGAUCAACAUCAAGCGGAGCGGAAAGGGAAAAGCUAGGGCUGUUGUUCCCGAGCCCAAGAUCGAGUCUAAGUUGCUUACCGAAAAUGAGCUCAGACGGCGGUUGGAGAGUAGAGGUGGCACUCCUAUGAACGAGAUUAAGCGUCUCGAGGACUCGCCAGAGAAUAACACUGCGGAAACGGGUGGCGAACAGAACGCGCAAUCAGGAAAUCCGUUCCACUCAGACGGUCCUGAGCCCGACCCUCAACAGGCAGAGCCCCUAACCACCAGCUCUGUCCGUGAAGAGAAUGGAACCCAUGAACAAGCACAACAGGGAGAACCCACAGAGCCUUCAAAUCCAACCCCUGCACAGGAUGCUGCCGAUGAUGACGAGCCUACUGAGCCAGAUCAAGAGCAAGUCCCCGCUGCUGAGCCGAGCCUGUUCUCAAGAAUCGUGGAUUGGUUUUGGGGAGACAUCCAGCCUCAAGGUGCCCAAGAGCCCGUCUCAGACCCUAACGAGGAAGUCAUCGGCGAAGGCGAUGAAGACCAGCAGGCGCCUUUCGUGCCAAUCCACAACGGCCAGCCAGCGAUUGCUGAUGUUGCUCACGAAGACGAGGCUGCGGAAGAGAAUGAUCCUGAAGUGGUUGCAGCUGCGCAGCAAGCUGGUCUCGACGCCGAAGCUGUGGAAGACGCAGAAGACCUCGAAGGCAUUUUCGAGCUUGUUGGACUACAAGGACCGCUGAUAGGACUCUUCCAGACGUCCUGCUUCUGUAGCGUCUUGGUCACAGGCACAGUCUUUGGCGCCGUUGGUCUGCCAUAUGUCUGGGGCAAGCUGGUGCUAUCAUUCAUCGGCGCACCGAUGACUUUCCUCGUCAAGACUCCUCUGCAAGUCGCUUCAUUCGUGGCUGAUGUGCUUAUCGAUGCUGUGCUUCUUUCCGCUGGUUGGCUCGCCGUCAUAGCGUCUCUGGCUUGCGACUUUCUUCUCUCUGCCGUCGAGGUGUGGAUGCCGAAGUUGGCAGAGUACAACUUCACCCACUGGAUCAACGAGAUUGCCACGUCAACCGCUGCCACUGCUGGAUACAGGCUGCAGAAGCUGUUCAUAUCAGGAGAAGCGGCAUCUGCUGAUGGACUUGGCUGGCACUGGGCCUUCUUGGGUGCAUCAGUCCAUGCUCAUGCCUCACUGAAGAACCUCCAGGGCGAGGUCAGUGGAAUUCUCAACUACACCGGCUGUAUCAUCACUUCGGUGGUGGAUACCAUCUCGUCAGGCUCCAAAGACCUCAUGUGGCAGCGUUCGUUGAAUGCUGUUUCGCAGUUUCCAGAAAUCCCGGCGAAGGUGCUGGCCGGUGUCGAGGCGCUCGAGAAUUACACUCGUCCUUUCUUGGACAUGUUCCGCAGUCUCAAGACUGGAGCAUUGACGUUCAACUCCACGUCAAUGCCGAUGGAUCCAGCUCUUGUCUACUGGAACACGAACGAUCGUGGACUUGCAGUCCUGGCUGGCUACGUUGCCCUUGCGGCCAUCGCUGCCGUGUAUGUCGCCCUCGACACGCCCAUCACACGCUCGCAGUCUGGCCAGAAGACAGAAAAGAUCAUACGCGACACUCUUCGACAAGCAGGAGGCGUGCUGAAAGUCAUCCUCAUUAUCAGUAUCGAGAUGCUAGCUUUCCCUCUCUACUGCGGCUUGCUCCUCGACCUGGCCUUUUUACCACUCUUCCAGAGUGCCUCCGUCGCCACCCGCUGGGCCUUCGCCAUCAAAGCACCAUACACAUUCUGUUUCGUGCAUUGGUUUGUUGGGACCUGCUACAUGUUCCAUUUUGCGCUAUUUGUUGGCAUGUGUCGUAAGAUCCUGCGCAAAGGAGUGUUGUGGUUCAUUCGCGAUCCUGACGAUCCGACAUUCCACCCGGUCCGAGAUGUCCUCGAACGCAAUGUCACGACGCAGCUUCGGAAGAUCGCCUUCAGCGCACUCGUCUAUGGAGCGUUGGUGAUUUUAUGUCUGGGAGGUGUCAUUUGGUCGAUAGGAAAGGUCUUCAAGGGCAUCUUCCCGAUUUACUGGACACCGACGGAGCCGAUCAUCGAGUUUCCGAUGUGCUUGCUGCUGUUCAACUUCUUGAUACCGAGACUUGCUCAGCUGUCAAAUCCGUCAUCUGCCGUCCACAUCAUGUAUGCUUGGUGGCUGCGCCGCUGCGCGAGAGUCCUUCGUCUUUCACACUUCCUCUUCGACGACCGCCGAAAUGAUGAAGAGGGUCGACAUGUUCACAAGUCUUGGAUCAGCUUCUUGCUUUUGAAGAAAGGCAACCCAGACGAAGCCAUCGUACCGUCAGAUCGAAGACUCAGCGAUGGAAGCGAACUGCCUGAUGUAUACUUCAGACGAGACGGCAAAUACGUCUUGACGCCAUGCAACGACCAAUACCGACCACCAAAACCUGGAGAGGCUUUCCUGCACGCCGACGACGAGGAUGUGUACAUCGCAGACAAGGAGGGCAAGAGAAAUGAUCACUUCUCCAAGGUCUACGUCCCACCGUUCUUCCGCCUGAGGGUUACGCUAUUCAUGGUCUGCCUGUGGAUGUUCUCCGCUUUCUCUGGUCUCUGCGCAACUCUGGUCCCUCUGGUCUUUGGUCGCUUCAUCUUCUCAUCUCUGCUCCCAGCAGGCGUGCGUGUCAACGACAUCUACGCGUACUCGCUGGGAGCUUUCAUCAUCGUCGGUGCUCUCUUCGCCGCGAUUAAGAGUCGUCGGUUGGGCGGUGAUUACUUGCCUGAGAAGAUUCGGUCCAUCGAUGUCAACGCCGUGGCGAGCUCCGUAAAGAAGGCUGCACUGCAAGCUGCAAAAUGCUUGUACGUCUAUGGCUUCUUCUACAUCAUUAUGCCGCUUGCAUUCGCUCUGGUGCUGCAGUUCUACAUCAUCCUACCCUUGCGGACAUAUCUCAACUCAUCAGGCUCUCCACACACCGAAUCCACGGCCAACACCAACUCAACCACCAUCAACAACACCGUCCAAAACACGACCCACCUCACAGUACAAUACUCCCAACUCACGGCCAACGACCAUCCCCAACCUCGCUUCCCGUACCUAGUCGACCACAGCAUCCACCUCCUCCAAGACUACGCCCUCGGCCUGCUCUACUUCCGCAUCGCCAUCCGCGGCUACACCACCUCACCCACCUCCCGCGCCGCCGAAGCCUUCCGCCGCGUCACGGCCGAAAACGGCUACCUCAACCCGAACAUUCGCCUCGCGACAAGAUAUUUCAUCCUCCCCGCCACCCUCCUCGCCUUCUUCGUCCUCCUCACGCCACCACUCCUCGCGCGCCUCUCCAUCACCCUCAUCACCCACCUCACAACCCUCCAACUAGACGAGGUCCUCCAAACGAUCAUCUACCGCUACUCGUACCCGCUCGCGGAAGUCUGCGUCGUGACGAUGACGGGGCUCGUGCAGAUCGCCAAGGCCACGGGCCGGUGGAGGGCGAGGAUCCGCGACGAGGUAUAUCUUGUCGGCGAGCGGUUGCAUAAUUUUGGGGAGAGGAAGCCGCCCGUGGGGAGUCGGAGUGUAGUAAGGCGGGAGAGGUAG